AUGUCCCAGUCAUCCAAAUCUUCCUCUCCCAAGACUACAUCUGACUCCGACUCAAGAACUCCAAAUAUCAACUCUAAUGAAGUUCUUGCAGUUGCUCCUCUAAGAAUGGUGUCCGCUGAAGAUCUUCGUUUGAAGAAGCCUCGUUCUCCAUAUGCAAGAAGACCUAAGGAAGCUGUUCGAGGUAAGACCUCCAACCCCUCAUCCUCUGUUCCUCAUGAUGACCUGUUGAAAGAAGGAUCCAAGUAUGUUCAUCAAGCUAUUACCAAGAUAGUCACUAGAAUCUUGGAUGAGAAGCACAAGGUUCUUGGGAUUUUUGUACCUCUCCAAACUGUGAUUCCUGCCACCACUCAGAACCCUAAACCAAAUGUUGUUCAAGAAGAUGAAAAUGUGGGUAUGGAUGCUGAUGAGGUUCAUGAGAAGAAUGAUGCUGUGAACAUGUCUGAUGAUGAUGUUCAGAUGACUAAUGAAGAAAAGAAUGAUGAAGCUGCUGAUGUUGCUCAGGAUGUAACUAACAACACUGAGAAUCUUGGUGUUCAAAGAAAUGAUGAAGCUGCUGAUGUUGCUCAGGAUAUCACUGACAACACUGAGGAUGAUAAUGAUCUGGUUGCAAAUGCAAAUCCCUUCAUAGCAAAAAGGCUCAUGACCAGGAAGGGUAAGAAAGUGGUUGAUCAAAGUCUUCCCAAGAGGAAAGUUCCAAAGAGUACCUCAACUGGACCCAUCAGAAGUAAAGCUGUGUCCAAGAGUACCUCCACUGGUCCUAGUAAGAGUAAGGCUGUGCCUAAGAGCACCACUGUUGGCCCUACCAAAUCUUGGAGCAAGCUUGUUCCCAAGAAGAGAAAGGCUAGAGUCAUUGAAGAAUCAGAUUCUGAUGUUGAAGUGGAUGUCCAAGAUAUUCCAUUGAAGAAGAAGCCUACCACUAGAAAGCUUGCUACUAGUGUGCCAGAGGUUCCUACAGAUAAUGUCUCUUUCCACUAUCCUGCAAGUGUCAAUAGAUGGAAGUAUGUGUACCAAAAGAGAUUGGCUCUGGAGAGGGAAUUAGCUCAAAAUUCCCUUGAUUGCAAGGAGAUUAUGGAACUGAUUCAUGAAGCAGGAUUGAUGAAAACUGUAACUCAAUUCUCCAAGUGCUAUGAGAUGUUGGUUAAAGAGUUUAUAGUAAACUUGUCAGAGGACUAUGCAGAUAGGAAAUCCAAAUAUUUUAGAAAGGUGUAUGUGAGAGGAAAGUGUGUCACAUUCUCUUCAACAGUAAUCAAUAAUUUUCUCGGAAGGUGA